UGUAAAGUAGAUUCCCAGGUCGGUCUCCAAUUUUACCCAUCGCCGGGUAAGAACCAAACCGUCCCUUAAUUUUCUCUCCGCCGACGACCGUCGCAUCAGUUAUUCGGAGUCGCUAUCGCCGGCAGAUCAUGGAUUCGUCGGACCAGAGUUCCGAACUAUUUGAUGCGUUCCCGCCGAUUCCAUUCACCCUCUUUUUGCCGGAAGAUAAUUUUAGCCUCAACAUUAAUCCUAAUUCCGACACAACGAUCACCACGGGCAUCACUCCAAGUCUGAACCCUAAUUUUGGUUCGAGCCAGUUUUUUCCAUUCCCAGUUCCCAAGAAGCGGAGAAGAGGCAGACCUCAGCGAAGUGUCACAUCGUUUAACUUCAAUCCCCUUCCUAACGGCAAUUUCAAUGGCAACAAUGGCAUUGUCUAUUCCUCUUCAUCAGUUUCAACACCAGCACUCAGAAAUAGCGUUGAAAUUUCUAGCGCUUCCGUGCCGAACGUCCCAGAUGUGGCCGACGAGAUUAUCGUCAUUAAUAAAGAAUCCACUGCCGAGGCUUUGCUUGCGCUGACGGCCGGUUUUCCUGCCGAUCACCUAACCGAGGACGAAAUCGAUGCUCGGGUGGUCUCUGUCAUCGGAGGUAUUGAACAGGUGAACUAUAUCAUUAUUCGGAAUCACCUUAUUGCUAAAUGGCGUGAAAAUGUGUCGAAUUGGGUGACUAAGGAGAUGUUCAUUGAUUCUAUACCUGCACAUUGUGAUACUUUACUAGACACUGCUUAUAAUUAUUUGGUUUCACAUGGGUAUAUAAAUUUUGGGGUUGCCCCUGCAAUCAAAGAAAAAAUUCCUGCCGAACCAUCUAAGCCCAGUGUAAUCGUGGUUGGGGCAGGACUGGCAGGCCUGGCUGCUGCUAGGCAACUGAUGCGUUUUGGUUUUAAAGUGACUGUUUUGGAGGGUAGGAAGCGGGCAGGCGGGCGGGUAUAUACUAAGAAGAUGGAGGGAGGAAAUAGGGUAUGUGCAGCUGCAGAUUUAGGUGGGAGUGUUUUGACAGGUACUUUGGGAAACCCACUCGGGAUUAUGGCCAGACAAUUAGGCUACUCUCUUCAUAAGGUUAGAGAUAAGUGUCCACUUUAUAGUCUGGACGGGAGGCCCGUGGAUCCUGAUAUGGACUUGAGGGUGGAAACUGCAUUCAACAAUCUCUUGGAUAAGGCAAGUAUGCUUAGGCAGUCAAUGGGCGAGGUUUCUGUUGAUGUUUCUCUUGGUGCAGCACUGGAAACGUUCUGGCAGGCUCAUGGGGAUGCAGCAAAUGGUGAAGAAAUGAACUUGUUCAAUUGGCAUCUUGCUAAUUUAGAAUAUGCAAAUGCAGGUUUGCUGUCAAAGCUUUCACUUGCAUUCUGGGACCAAGAUGAUCCGUAUGACAUGGGAGGGGAUCAUUGCUUCUUGGCUGGGGGCAAUGGAAGGUUGAUUCAAGCAUUGGCUGAAAAUGUUUCAAUUUUAUACGAGAAAACAGUGCACACCAUCAGAUACAGUGGUCAUGGUGUGCAGGUUAUUGCUGGAAAUCAGGUAUUUGAAGGUGAUAUGGCUUUGUGCACUGUACCUCUUGGAGUUUUGAAGAGUGGUUCUAUUAAGUUCAUCCCAGAAUUGCCUCAGAGAAAGCUAGAUGGAAUAAAGAGAUUGGGUUUUGGAUUGUUGAAUAAGGUUGCUAUGCUUUUUCCUCGUGUAUUUUGGGAAAUGGAUCUUGAUACCUUUGGCCACCUAUCUGAUGAUCCAAGUCGUCGAGGAGAAUUUUUUCUAUUUUACAACUAUGCAACUGUUGCUGGUGGUCCUCUGUUGAUAGCCUUGGUUGCAGGUGAAGCUGCUCAUAAAUUUGAGAGCAUGCCCCCAACAGAUGCUGUGACCCGGGUUAUUGAAAUUCUUAAGGGUAUCUAUGAACCCCAAGGAAUUGAUGUCCCAGAGCCUAUUCAGACAGUCUGUACGAGAUGGGCUAGUGAUCCAUUUAGUCUAGGCUCCUACUCAAAUGUUGCAGUGGGGGCCUCAGGUGAUGACUAUGACAUUCUCGCAGAAAAUGUGGGAGAUGGAAGACUCUUUUUUGCAGGCGAGGCGACUACAAGGCGAUAUCCUGCAACUAUGCAUGGCGCUUUUCUCAGUGGACUAAGAGAAGCAGCCAAUAUGGCCAAAUUUGCCAAUGCUCGAGAUUUGAGGCUGAAGAUAGAUAGAAGCCCUUCCAAAAAUGCACACUCUUGUGCCUGUCUUCUUGCAGAUCUAUUUCGAGAGCCGGAUUUAGAAUUUGGAAGCUUCUCAUUCAUCUUGGGUCGAAAGAAUGCUGAUCCUAAGUCAACAGUCAUUCUAAGGGUGACAUUCAAUGAUCCACAGAAGAAGAACCAUGAAGGUUCAAAAUCAGACCAACAGCACACAAAUAAGUUGCUUUUCCAACAACUUCAAUCACAUUUUAGUCAGCAGCAACAGCUUCAUGUUUAUACUCUAUUGUCAAGGCAACAGGCGCUUGAACUGAGGGAGGUGCGAGGGGGUGAUGAAAUGAGAUUGCAUUACCUUUGUGAAACGCUAGGGGUGAAGCUAGUGGGUAGAAAAGGUUUGGGUUCUAAUGCCGAUUCUGUGAUUGCUUCCAUUAAAGCUGAAAGGGGGAGUAAGAAACCGUCCUCAACUUAUUUAGCUCUUAAAUCAGGGACAUUGAAGUUGAAAACCAGCACUCUGAAGCGAAAAGCAGUUAGGAGGGCCAAAAUAGUGAGAAACAGUAGUAGAUUAGCAGCUCCUCCUGUUUCAAGCACAUUAAAUGAUCGAGUAUCGGAGAACAUUAAACCGAUGGAUCAAGACUCGUCUGCAGCAGCCCUUCGUCCAGAUCAAAACCAACAUGAUACACUGAAGCAAUGAGUAGAUUUCUUCUCAGACUUUCGAUGCAAUUGAUCAUUGAAGGGGCAACCUUUUGCUUCCAAGCCAUCAAAACGUAGCUCCCUUUGGAGCUGGCUGAGCUGCAGAUGACGUCUCCUACCUGGGAUUCAUUGAUCAAAGGCUUACAAUGACACAAUUGGAACAUCUGAUUAAACUAAGUUCCUCAAUAUAACUGAUAUUACUGACCCGGAAAUAGAAUCAGCCACUAGCCAUGGCUGUAGUCUUUAGAUGCCAAGGUUAUUUUGCUGUGGAAAAGCUUCAGCACCUGGUACAGCCUUAUGAUGAGGGCUCAAGGGAAUCAAAGCAACCAAUGUGGACAUCGCAUGUGGUGUUGGGUGAAAGACUUUGAAUUAUGUACUUCAAGUCGAUGAUUAGAAUUGUUAAUUAGAGAGCAACUUUUUAUCCUAUUCUCAGUGAAUGUAAAAAUGGAGACAAGUGGUUGCUGAGAAGUGUGCUGAAUAGAAUGAAAUGGUUUAUAGGCAUUCUUGGACUUUAAAGGUCUCUUGCUUCUACAUUUCCUUUGUAGGCCUUCCACUUUAUUGGUUACUUCUGUUCCAGAUGUAAGUUGAUUGGCAAAAUGUUUACUUGUAUACUGCAAUAAUGGAGAGAAAGCCGAGUGGAAAUGUUAGUUUUAGUUGUAUUUUAGACACAGAUUGGAAUAUAAUUUGUUUUUAUCAUAA